UAAGCAUCUGACUGUGGGAUAUUCAAACGUCUCGUCGCGUGCUAAAAUGGAGGCAGGUUUACUUGUAGACACGCGGUCACUUUCGUUCCCUGACUACCCAGACAUUGAGAAAGCUUAUGUCAACCAUCUGUCCUCACACGAUCUUCCAGCAAUUCGGGAAGCAUUGAAACCAGGUUCAUUGACUCAAGAGAUCCAGAAAGCCAGGGAACAUAUCAAGACGUCUCUGGACCGUGUAUCCGUAUCCCGACCAUUCGAUAUUUCGCGUCUAGAUGAACUUGAAAAAGUUGUCAAGAGCCUCGUCAAUAGAAUAUCGGAACUUGAAACGCGAAUAGGCAGUUUAAAGUUGUUGAAUGAAUCUGGGGAUGCAGUUAAAAAAACAGCGGAGGACGCAGAAUCUGAUCUCUUUGGUUCGGAUAGCGAGGAUGAUCGUGAAGCAGAGCGUGUUAGAGCUGAACGAGAGGCUGCGUAUUAUGCUGCAAAAUCCUCAAAGCCAACAGUUGUGGCGAAAUCCAGUAUCAUCCUUGAUGUAAAGCCAUGGAGUGACGAAGUAGAUAUGGAGGAGCUUACUUCUUUGGUUAAAAGCAUUCAGGCUGAUGGUCUUUUAUGGGGUCAAUCGAAGUUAGUGCCCGUUGCCUAUGGCAUCAAAAAGCUGCAGAUCUGCUGUGUCGUUGAGGAUGAUAAGGUGGGAACUGAUUUUCUUGAGGAAUCUAUCAUGCAAUUUGAAGACCAUGUCCAGUCAGUGGAUAUUGCAGCAUUCAACAAAUUAUAAUGCAGCAAAUUUGUAUUAUAUUGUGGACUAAAUAGAUGUACUUCUCUCGACAAUUGUAUUCUUUUAGAUGCUGAUUAUCUUACCAUUCAAAAUGGCGACAAACGCAUUUUUACACUGAUUUUAUUUUUGCAAUUAGAGUUGUUUGAAGGCGUAAGUUCUUGGUUGUUCUACUUUGAGUGAUGCCCUUAGAAUUUUUCGUAUCACACAUAGUUUCAAACUAGUGCCUGUUUAGAAGCCUUGUGUACACAUAAGUGAAGCUUUUGAUGAAUAUAAUAUGUAUAAAUAAUGACUAUAAAGUAACGCACCUGCCUAGUACUAAGCUUUCAACUUGAUUUGUGAUGGUUUGGUUUAUAAUACUAUCCGUUCCCAUUAUUAUGAAUGUCACACAGUAAAACUGUUAUUCACUGAUGAUGUUUCGAGUAGAAUAUAUUGAUCAUAUUCAUCAAAGUAUGUAAUUAUGAGUAAUGAUACUCUCCCACUAUGUGAUACAUAAAAAAUCCUGUUCUCA